AUGUCUGUAGAUAUCUCUUAGUCCAAUCAUUAAUUAACGAACUCUAUUCCAUAACGUAAAACAUUUAUUCAUAAUAAUUAUCAGAAUAGGUUACAACAGAUAAUGAAAUCCUUGAUGCCUUACUAUCCAGAAAACCUUUUUAUGAAUCUUUAUUUGAUAACUUAGUCAAAAUGGGUUUGCCAGUUCUUUCCAUUAACCCUAAUUAAAAUUUCAUCAAUUCCAUUAACAAUGACCCAUUUGAUAUUCCUUCACUUUAAAGGCUAAUAUCUAUUAAAUUGGAGGGACAACCGAUAUCCUUUCAUCGUUCAAAAUUGGCUCAUUAAUGUAAGAAUUUCAUUACUCAAUCUCUUAAUACUAAUUAAAAUAUCGAAUUAGAACAUAUGCUUGCUUUAAUCAAAAAAACUACAGAUUCUGUUUUUUUACCUAAAAUUUCUAGAUUGGAUUAUUCAUAACUAAAUUAUGAUCAAGAAUUCAAUUAUACUCUAUUCCUUAAAUUACUUAAUAUGAAUCAUGUUCAUCCUAUUUCAACUAAUCUCACCUUUACUACUACUGAAAUUUCUGGUUAUUAUGAAAUCAAAAAUAUUGAAGAUUUAAGAGAUCAUGAGUAAAUUGAUACAUUUAUUGCUGUCAGAAAAUUAAGACAGCAAAUUUUUUAAAUUAUUGAAUCUAUUGCUGAAAUUUUAGAUUCAUUAGAUUCUCUUCAUAUUACUAGAAUAGAAGAUGCAUUCCUUAGAUAUAUUAAUGUUAAAGCAUCCUUAUAAUUACCAUUUACUAAAUCUAUUAAUCAAGAAUGCAUUGAANUAUGUAGGUAUAGUUUUUAUAGGAUUGCAUAUAGAUCUCUCAUUAAACAAUUAUCAUCUAUUUAUAAAUAUUCUUUUUCGAAUUAGAUUAUCUUAAAUAAUUAACAUAUCAUAUCUAUUUGA